AGGUCGGUCCCUAAUGAAUCCACACAACAUGUUACGCUUCACACAUAAUUACCAGUUUUGUGUUGUAUGCGGUGUGCUUGUGGUUUAACAGCACGUUUGAUUCUCCUUUAAUUCUGCAUUUAGAAUGACCGGUUAGCGUUUCGCAUCCAAGUUAUACACCCUCAGGCUAAUGUUAGCUUGCUAAGUGAAUGAAUGUCAGUGCUAACAUAAUUAUAUUGUGACAGCUUGAAUUUAAUGGGAUAAAAGUUUCCUGCUGUAAUAUUCCAGAGAUCAUCAUCAUCAUCAUCAUGUGCUCCCAUGGGGAUAAAGCUGCAGAGGAAGCAUCAUCAUCAGUGUCCAUCAUGAACGCCUCGCCUGACUCUGAACUCACUGUGACCAUUGGAGCGACGGUGCCCACCGGCUUUGAGCACACUGCAGCAGAGGAGGUUCAAGAGAAGAUUGGAGUGGAUGCACGGAUCAGCAGAGACCGGGGACGCAUUUAUUUCCCAGUCACUACUGAUAAACUUUCUGAGGUUCAUCAUCUGCGGUCUGUUGACAAUCUGUUUGUGGUGGUAAAGGAAUAUGAUCAAUAUCACUUUAAAGAAUCUAAGGAGGAGACGCUAAUGGAGUUGCAGGAGCUUGCAUCCAAACUCCCAUGGACUAACGCGCUGGAGGUCUGGAAGUUAAACAGAACUCUGAAAAAGAAGAAAAGCCACAGAAAAGGAGGAAAUGCCACCAAAGCAAAGCCUGCUGACACCGGGGUGUGUGACGCAGCUGAGCAGCAGGAGUCGGCUCAGGAGCUUUCUGCAGCCGAAGGCGACACCAAGGAUGCGCCAGACGUGGAGAGCCACCAGCAGGAGACUGCGCCCGAGGACAAACCCGUCAAAUUCCGUGUAACAUGUAACAGGGCUGGAGACAAACACAGCUUUUCCUCGAACGAGGCAGCCAGGGAUUUUGGGGGAGCUGUUCAAGAAUUCUUCCAGUGGAAAGCAGACAUGACAAAGUUUGACAUAGAGGUUUUACUGAACAUCCACAAUGAGGAGAUGGUAGUUGGCCUUGCGCUGACCGAGGAAAGUCUUCAUAGGAGGAACAUUAGCCACUUCGGACCCACCACUUUGCGUUCCACCUUGUGUUACGGCAUGCUCAGGCUGUGCAAACUCCAGCCCUCUGAUAUAGUACUUGAUCCUAUGUGUGGAACUGGAGCCAUACCACUAGAGGGUGCAAUAGAAUUUAACAGUUCAUUCUACAUUGCUGGUGACAACUACGACAUGGCUGUUAAUCGCACGCUCAACAACAUAUGCCACAUCCAGAAGAGGAGGGCAGAGAAGGGAAGCUCACCUGGACUCCCCAUUGACACAGUGCAGUGGGACCUGUGCAGGCUGCCCUUCCGGGCCAGCUCUGUGGACGUCAUCAUCACCGACAUGCCGUUUGGGAAAAGAAUGGGCUCUAGGAAGAAGAACUGGGACCUGUACCCCUCCUGUCUCAGAGAAAUGGCCCGUGUGUGCAGGCCAGGCUCAGGAAAGGCUGUACUUUUAACCCAGGAUAAGAAAUGCUUUUCCAAGGCUAUAUCCAGAAUGGGGGGGCUGUGGAAAAAGCUGCACACUGUUUGGGUCAACGUCGGCGGUUUACACGCCGGGGUCUACCUCCUGAAGCGGACCGCUGGCGUGUUUGGCCAAACUCCCGAGGAUGUCCAUGAGUCACCGGGAAGAGUUUAUAAGCAAACGGAUGAGAAGGACGACGGUUAAUUCUACCCCGACUCUUGUGAUGUCAUUCUGGUGGAUUAUAGUGCUCUUUAUCAUUAUUUUUUAAAGGAAUUUGUUCAAGUUUGCCAAACAGUUAAAGUUUGAUUUGUUUCAAACUAAUCAUUGCGUUUAUUCUGACAUUUUCCUUCUUUUAAAGGGUUGAUCUGUAUCAUCAAAGGCUGCAGCAUAAAACCAGUCAUGCUAGUUCAGAACUGUGGAGUUCCAGUUAAAUGAAUAAAGAUUUGAAGACUGACCUGUGAUUAAAAACUGCUUCACAAAUAAAAGCAACUUUUGUGUUUUCUGCU